CGUGUUCCCCGUCCUCUCGGCGUCCGGGUCCAUGGGUAUCCAUGACGACGGCAGGGGCCCGGACCCGGGGUGGGCGGCAGCCCGAGUGGGGCCGCGGCGCUCGGGAGGCGUCGGAGGCGGCGUCGCCGUGUUCGCCGCUGUGGCCGCGGUGUUCACCGUCACGCUGCCCCCCUCGGUCCCGGGGGGAGACUCGGGGGAACUGAUCACAGCCGCACAUGAGCUUGGAGUUGCCCAUCCUCCUGGCUAUCCUUUGUUUACGCUGGUGGCUAAGCUGGCAAUUACACUCUUGCCAUUUGGUUCCAUUGCCUACCGAGUCAAUCUUCUCUGUGGCUUAUUUGGAGCAAUAGCUGCAUCAUUUCUAUUUUUCACCGUGUUCAGGUUUUCUGAACUGGCUCAAGUCCUAGAAUUUCAUCUGAGAACUAAACCUCAUUCUGUCCACAGGCUUUCUGGCUCAUAUGCUGGAGGAAUCCUUGCUGCGGGGGUGUUUUCAUUUUCUCGUCUAACAUGGCAGUGGUCCAUUGCAGCUGAGGUUUUUAGCUUAAACAAUCUGUUUGUGGGGCUGCUUAUGGCUCUUACUGUACGUUUUGAGGAGGCAGCAACUGCAAAGGAAAGAUCAAAGAUAGCAAAAAUUGGUGCCUUCUGUUGUGGCCUUAGCUUCUGUAAUCAGCACACAAUAGUACUGUAUGUUUUAUGCAUAAUACCUUGGAUUCUCCUUCGACUUUUAAAAGAGAAGGAGCUGUCCCCAGGCUUUCUGCUGAAGCUGAGUGCGUCCUUCUGUGCCGGCUUGCUGCCCUACGUCUACCUGCCUGUCUCAUCCCGUCUCAGUCGUGCCCGCUGGACGUGGGGAGACCAGACGACAGUGCGAGGAUUUCUGACGCAUUUUCUCAGGGAGGAGUAUGGAACAUUCAGCCUGGCUAAAUCUGAAACAGGAUCUAGUAUGUCUGAAAUACUGCUUUCUCAAAUGACAAAUAUGAAGACGGAACUCUCAUUUAACAUCCAGGCUCUUGCAGUUUGGGCAAAUAUAUGUUUUGCAAGAAAGGACAGACAGCAUCAAUCAUUAGUGUGGCUUUUCACUGGGAUGGUUUGCAUCUAUUCGGUGUUCUUUGCUUGGAGGGCAAAUUUAGAUAUUUCAAAGCCACUUUUUAUGGGUGUGGUGGAGCGAUUCUGGAUACAGAGCAAUGCCGUGGUGGCCGUCCUCGCCGGCGUUGGUCUGGCUGCCCUUGCGUCGUCAGCUAACCGUGUACUGACCAGCAGUGGGAUUCGGUUUCUGGAGUGGCUUUCAGCAACACUUUUUGUAGUUUACCAAAUAUAUUCCAAUUACAGCAUUUGUGACCAAAGGGCCAACACUGUAAUUGAUAAGUUUGCCAAGAAUAUUCUGGACUCGAUGCCUAGUGGUGCAAUCAUAUUACUUCGAGGAGACUUGCCAGGAAAUUCUCUGCGUUACAUGCAUUACUGCGAGGGAUUGAGGCCAGAUAUUUCAUUAGUGGAUCAGGAAAUGAUGACUUAUGGAUGGUAUUUACCCAAGAUAGCAAGGCAUUUACCAGGAGUGCACUUUCCUGGGGACCAGUGGAACCCUGUGGAAGGAGUAUUACCCAGUGGAAUGGUCACAUUUAAUCUUUAUCGCUUUCUUGAAAUAAAUAAACAAAAAGAAAUAUUUGUUUGCAUAGGAAUUCAUGAAGGUGACCCAACUUGGAGAAAGAAUUAUUCACUUUGGCCAUGGGGGUCUUGCGACAAAUUAGUUCCUUCAGAGAUUGUAUUCCGCCCUGAGGAGUGGAUUAAACUCACAAGAAGAAUAUAUAACUGGACUGAGGAAUAUGGAAGAUUUGAUCCUUCAUCUUGGGAAUCAGUGGCCAACGAAGAAAUGUGGCAAGCAAGGAUGAAGACACCUUUCUUCAUCUUUAGCCUGGCAGAGACUGCGGAUAUGCCUUCAAAUCUGAAAGCACAGCUCUACACCCAUGCAUACAAACUUUAUCAGGAGAUUGUCUAUUCGCAAAAAGAACACCCAGUGAGCUGGCACAAGAACUAUGCCAUCGCCUGUGAGCGGAUGCUGCGCCUUCCAGGGAGUGAUGUGGCCCCUGAGGUCUUGCUGUCCGAGACCAUCAGACACUUUCACCUCUACAGUCGGAAGGUGAAGAAUGACCCACAGCGAGCAGAUAUUUUAGUUGCUCUUGAACACCUAAGAAAAGAACUGCAAAGUCUGAGAAAUAUGAAAAAGGCCUGAGAUGGCAAAAUGUGAAAAACCUCCUCAUCAUUCUGCUUCCAAAAUUUCUGUUGUCCAAAAGGUUUUCCUUCAAGUAAAGGAUCCGUAAAGAACCGAAAAGGAAGUCAUCUCCCAGGCAUAAGUUACAUGGCACAGCAGUUCUGCUCAGUGGGGGUUUGGGGCUGAGAUGCACAGUCUGUGCAAAAUUGUGUUUGUCCUGUGUUAGCAAAUUCACAUGUCCAUGAGACUAAACCAAAAUCUGCUUCUACCAUGUCUUGCCAAGUGACUGUACAACAUAGAUUCUUGAAGAAAAUGAACCACGUUCAUGUGCCUCAAAUCCUAACCAUGAGUUUACUAAGGGCUAUGCCUAUUGGAUUAAAUUCUUAAAAUCUUGGUUCUAGAUCAGAGGUCUCUUGUUUCCUAAAAGUGAGAUAGUUUCUAAAAAAAGCUUAUCACACUUCAAGUUAGAAUUCCUUUAAAAAAAAUAAUGUGGUUAUUACAGUCUCACACUUCAUACUACACCUCAAGUAAGUGAUAUUUUGAAAAACUUCUGAAUUUUAUUAUCUUUGACACUCCUCUGAAGUCACUAAACAUAAAAGCUACUGCAAUGUUUGCUUACUUCAGUUGCAAAAACUGGCAAGUUAAAGGGAUUUUAUAUGUACUUAAUUAAUUUCAUAUUUAUGUUUUACUUUUAUUUGGGUUCACAGAUUCAGGCCCAAUAAUUUGUAGGUUCCCGCUGUCCAGAUGCAGGGAGAGCCAGCCGGGGGAUGGGGAAAUUGUUCAAUAAAUUCAUUUCUGUUACAAGCAUCUUUUAUACAUAUUACUAAAGAGAACAUAGUAAGAAAUGCAAAUAAUAGUUCUUUAUUUUAUUAUGACAGUUAAUUAAUAGCAACCUGUUUUAAUGAAUAAAGUCACUCAGAGUCCUUCAGCACUUCCUAAGUAGAGGCCAGAAUCUGUAGGGAUUCUUUUCCCCCCAAUUGUAUAGCUGCUAGACUCCAAGAACUAUAUAGGCCCCUGUAUAGAAAUGCUCACUAAUGAAGAGGGAGGGCUAGAAGCUUGUCUGCAUUCAAAGAUCACUGGUGAGUCAUUCAGCAAGAAAAGGCCCCUUACCAGGAAUAGUCACAGUUCCGUGGCAUUGUACUAGCAAAAGGGUCUGAUCAAAGGUCUCCCGUGGAGCUUGCAUGGUUCCCUUUCAUACUACGACCAUAAUUAAAACCACUAAUUCUCUUUUAAAAUGCUGCAGGAUGCCAUGUAGGCAUCUGUCUGGAGUGUCCUUUGUGAUGUCAUAAGCUGUUAAGGACCAGUGCCGAGGGCUUUUGAGUGAAAUGCCAGUCAUGAAGGUGCUUCAAGACAAGGGUGCCUCUAAAAGCUUGACAGGGCCUUGACUGCACAAUUCGAGCUGAAUUUGCCCCUUGUCAGCUGCCAGUAAAUAAAUCUCAAAGGGGGAAAGCUGAAGUUUCAUUACCUGAUCCGUGGGGCUUUGUUGGUUUUGGCAUCACACAGGGGAAGCUCUUGCCCCUCCAUUCUCUGGAUUUGAAGAUGUCCAUUGGAGCCUGCAGUGCCUGGACAGGGUUCAGAGCGGAACCUUUUGAAGAGUGUCAAUAGUUGUAACAGUUCAGCUGUUAGGAAGACAAAUAAAUGGAGGAGCUCAUUAAUCCGCUUUUGGCUCUCGGUGCCUUUUGCCCUUUUAUCACAGCCUUAUUAGGCUCCUACUCAUCUUGAACCAGAAAAAAUGAAUUGAAGUUGUUGAGUACUAAUUGGCAAAGACUUUUAAUCAUGGGCCAAGAACUUUCACUGACUUGAAAGUAACUUCUCCACAGGGAAGAGCCAGAAACCUGGUUUACCUUAAAACAAAAACCUGUUGGAGUUCAGUGUGGUGUAAAAAUUUAAGGAAGCGUUGAUAAAUUGUCUAAGUUUAUCCAUUUGAAAGAAAUCAUAUAAGAUUAUGAUUUUCACCUUUUCUGGGGGAAAAUGUACAAUAAAUCCAAACAUUUGAUAGAAA